AUGGUGGUGAAUUCAACCUGGCGUUUCGACUGGACUUCGGCGCAUUUCGGAUUCCCUGACCAAACGCGAUUCUUCCAUACGGUCCUGGACGAGCCACGAUUCGUGAAGAUGUUUCAGCCUAACCCAACACGACAGCCGGACGGGACAUGGAACAGACGACCCAAAGAUGAUGUCGAGAUCACCUUCUACAUUCACAAGGAGCUCAAAGAAUCGUUCAAAGAGAUCUUCGCCUCCCAGGCACGGGUCUUGGGUAUGUCAGGUGAUGUUGAGUGGGUAGACGUGGCUUAGAGUAGAGCACAAGAAUAGUAAGGUUGAGUGGAUUUGACCUUGAUACGUGCUUGAAUAUCCUUGUUGGACCGCCGUCGCUUGAUGCGCCUC